GAGGCAGAUCGACACAGAAGGACAGGGAGUUCCUGAGACCCCCUGACCAACACGUGUGUCUUCCGUUCAUGGGAACAACCCGAGUGAUAAAGAGAUAGAGAGAAAAGUGGGGAAAAAGAGAACGCAAGGCAGAUCAGCCAAGAGAGACACGAACUCAGCCAGAGUCACACACAUACACACCUACCCGUUCGUUCUUCUUCGAGCGGCAGGGCUGAGGAGAAGCAACAUGUGGCUGGCAUGCCUGGUGCUCCAGCUCAUCGCUGCAGCAACCGGUGGGCACGGCUACCAGGGGCGGUCCACCCUGUGUCCAGCGCCCUGCCAGUGCGAGGAGGAUGGCGUUCUGCUGCUUGUGGAUUGUUCUGAGCUGGGCCUUUCCGUCGUGCCCGAGACGCUCAGUCCACUGACCUCUUACCUGGACUUGAGCAUGAACAACAUCAGUGAGCUGCAGCCCAAUGCUUUCCGGAACCUUCGCUUCCUGGGAGAACUACGGCUGUCUGGGAACCUCCUGAGGCAGAUCCCUGGCCUGGCCUUCACAGGUCUCUAUAACCUGAAAGUGCUGAUGCUGCAGAACAACCAGCUGGAACAGCUGCCCAGUGAGACUCCAUGGGACCUGCCCAACCUCUUGUCACUACGCUUGGAUGCCAACUUGAUCACGGAGGUUCCAGAGCAGACCUUCUCAGGCCUGCGGUCACUCCGGCACCUAUGGCUAGAUGACAAUGCCCUGACGGAGAUCCCUGUGCGAGCCCUCGGCCAGCUGUCCUCACUACAGGCUAUGACCCUGGCUCUCAACCGCAUCAGCCACAUUCCCAAUGGGGCCUUUCGCAACCUUUCCAGCCUUGUGGUGCUGCAUCUCCAUAACAAUGCGAUCCAGAGUCUCGGAGAAACAUGUUUUGAAGGACUGCACAGUUUAGAGACCCUGGACCUGAACUACAAUGAUCUGCAGGAAUUCCCAGUAGCCAUACGGACUCUGGCCAAGCUACAAGAACUGGGUUUCCACAACAACAACAUCCGAGCCAUCCCAGAGGGGGCCUUUGUGGGAAACCCACUACUGCAGACCAUUCACUUCUAUGAAAACCCCAUUCAGUUUGUGGGUAGAUCAGCUUUCCAGUUCCUGCCAAAGCUACACACACUGUCCCUCAAUGGGGCGACGGAAAUCCGAGAGUUCCCCGACCUCAAAGGAACAACCAGUCUGGAAAUUUUGACCCUGACUAGGGCUGGCCUCAGUUCACUGCCCCGGGGGCUGUGCCAGCAGCUCCCCAGUCUGAGAGUGCUGGAACUUUCCUACAACCAGAUUGAGGAGCUACCCAGCUUCCACCGUUGUCAACGCCUCCAGGAGAUAGGCCUGCAGCACAACCAGAUCCGGGAAAUUGGAAUCAACACGUUCCAGCAACUAGGAGCUCUACGUUCAAUAGACUUAAGUUGGAACCACAUUGAGACUAUCCACCAAGAUGCCUUUGCUUCACUCCAUUCUCUGGCCAAACUUGAUCUGACUAACAAUCUGCUGACAGCCUUUCCCCUGGAAGGCUUGGGUAGCCUAACCCACCUUAAGCUGAGGGGUAACAUGGGUCUGUCUAGCCCAUUCAAAGAGGAGGACUUCCCCAAGAUAAGGGUGGUGGAGAUGCCAUACGCUUACCAGUGCUGUGUAUAUGGGGCCUGCAAUAGCUACAAAGCCGGAGUCCUACAGGAAUCUGACCGCCUGGACAGCGAGGGAGAGGAACUGCACAAAAGGACCGUGGCCUUGUUCCCCAUCCAUGCUGAUGCUACCUAUGAUCUAGACAUGGAGGAGUUCCAGCUGGAAGCUGAGGACCCCAAAAUGCAGGCAAGCAUUCAGUGUACGCCCACUCCAGGUCCUUUCAAGCCCUGCAAGUACAUGAUUGACAGCUGGGUGGUUAGACUGGGUGUGUGGGCCAUCGCUCUGGUGUCCCUGGUGGGAAACAGCCUCCUGAUUGUCACCGUGUUUGCCUCACCCAGCUACCUUUCACCAGUCAAGUUUGUCAUCGGGGCCAUUGGUGGGGCCAACCUACUGACUGGUUUGUGCACUGGCACCCUUGCCUUAGUGGAUGCCCUCACCUUUGGGCAUUUUUCCCAGUUUGGAGCACGUUGGGAAAGUGGCCCAGGCUGCCAGGCUACAGGUUUUCUAUCCAUCUUUGCCUCGGAGGCCUCCGUCCUCUUCCUCUCGCUGGCCGCUGUGCAGUGCAGUGUUUCAGUGUCCUGCGUCCGAGCAUACGGCAAGUCCCCCUCCAUCAGCAGUGUCCGGGCAGCCGCUUUCUGCUGCACGACCCUCUCAAUGACAGUGGCUGCCCUACCACUUUUCGGGGUGGGGGAGUUUGGCACCUCCCCACUCUGCCUCCCAUCACCGCUCCCAGAUGGUCAUCCCUCCACCUUGGGCUUCAUGGUGGCGCUGAUCAUGAUGAAUGCCCUCUGCUUCCUGGUCAUCACUGGCACUUACAUCAAACUGUACUGGGACCUGAUCAAGGGAGAGUUUGACAGCAUCUGGGACUGUGCUAUGAUCAAGCAUGUGGCUUGGCUUAUCUUCACCAACUGCCUGCUCUACUGCCCCGUGGCCUUCCUCACAUUUUCUUCCCUGCUUAGCCUCUUCCACAUCAGUGAGGAGGCCAUCAAGUCAGUCCUCUUGGUCCUGCUCCCUCUCCCGGCAAGCCUCAACCCCCUAAUCUACCUCCUCUUCAACCCACACUUCAAAGAAGACCUCCGCCUGCUCUGGAGAAGGUCACGAUCUGGCCAGGAAGAGACCCUAGACUUUUUCGUCUCGGAGGAGACAGAAAAGAGCUCCUAUGACUCCACUCAGGCCCUGGUGUCUUUUCCUGACUUGGACAUGCUCUUUGAGGGGACUGUCCUGCCAGCACUGGAACCUGUGCACUACACACCAACAUCUUCUCCAGUCCCUCUCAUUCCCUGCCAACAGCAGGUGCCCCCAGGGCAAGAGGACAUGUUACAAGGACAAGGAACUUUCAGGCGCUGA